AUGGUCAACUCGCGCAACCCCGGUGGCCUCUCGCGCACCGUGCGCAUCACGGUCGUGGCCGCCGACGGGCUGGCCAAGCGCGACGUCUUCCGGCUGCCCGACCCGUUCGCCAUUGUCACUGUCGACGGCGAGCAGACCCACACCACGUCGGUCAUCAAAAAGACGCUCAACCCCUACUGGAACGACAGCUUCGACAUCAACGUCACCGACUCGUCGGUCGUCGCCGUCCAGAUCUUUGACCAGAAAAAGUUCAAGAAGCGCGACCAGGGCUUCCUCGGCGUCAUCAACAUCCGCGUCUCUGACGUCCUCGACCUCGAGCUGGGCGGCAAGAAGCUGCUCAACAAGGAGCUCAAGAAGUCCAACGACAACCUCGUCGUCCACGGCAAGCUCAUCAUCGACCUCAACACCAACGUCUCGACGCCCAUCAACAACAACAACUCGAGCGCCGGCCCGUCCAAUGGCCUGCUGAGCGCCGCCAACGUCAACGCCUCGUCGACGUCGCUCGCGCCCAGCAGCAAUCCUUCCGGCUCCCGCAUCGACACGCGGCCCUCGACCUCGGGCAGCGCCGCCCCCUCGUCCGCAGCUGCCUCCUCCCGGCCGGGCGACGGGGAGUCGGGCAGCCGGCCAACGUCGACCGUCGACACCCCCGGCGCCGCCUCUGCCGCCAGCAGCGGGGCGAGUGCACCGCCUGCAGCGUCCCUCUCCGCCUCGCGCACCGCCUCGGGAACGGGCCCAUCGGCAGGGUCCGCCGCGGCAGGCGCUGCGGCCGGAUCGGCGGCGGCCCCGGCUGCCCAGCCGACACCGCGCUCGGGCGCCAACGACUCGCGCUCCGACGAGUACGGCCCCCUCCCGAGCGGCUGGGAGAGGCGCACCGACCACCUGGGUAGGACCUACUACGUCGACCACAACACACGCUCCACGACGUGGACCCGCCCCUCGACCAACACCAACGCCAAUGUGGCCGCCCAGGCCAGCAGUGCAGCGGCGGACCGGCAGCGCCACAGCAACCGUGCGCUCGCCGACGACUUCCUCGGCGUCAACGACAACGACGGCCCGCGCUCCGGCUUGGCCAGCGGCACGGGCUCGGCCAUCACGACGCCGGGCGCAGCUGGAGCGGCGGCCUCGGGCGGUGCGGCGCUGCCCGCCACGAGCAGCGCGACGACGGCCGGGAGCGGACCGCUUCCUGCCGGCUGGGAGCAGCGCAACACGCCCGAGGGCCGCGCCUACUUUGUCGACCACAACACGCGGACCACGACGUGGGUCGACCCGCGGCGCCAGCAGAUCCUGCGCAUCAUGGGCCCCAACGGCAACAACCUGACGGUGCAGCCGCAGAGCGUGGCCCAGCUCGGCCCGCUGCCGAGCGGCUGGGAGAUGCGUCUGACGUCGACGGCGCGCGUCUACUUUGUCGACCACAAUACCAAGACGACGACGUGGGACGACCCGCGCCUGCCGAGCAGCCUGGACCAGAACGUGCCGCAGUACAAGCGCGACUUCCGCCGCAAGCUCAUCUACUUCCGGAGCCAGCCGGCGCUGCGGCCGAUCCCGGGCCAGUGCCACAUCAAGGUGCGCCGAACGCACAUCUUUGAGGACUCGUACGCCGAGAUCAUGCGCCAGCAGCCCAACGACCUCAAGAAGCGGCUGAUGAUCAAGUUUGACGGCGAGGACGGCCUCGACUACGGCGGACUGUCGCGAGAGUUCUUCUUCCUCCUCUCCCACGAGAUGUUCAAUCCGUUCUACUGCCUCUUCGAGUACAGCGCCCACGACAACUACACGCUCCAGAUCAACCCGCACUCGGGCAUCAACCCGGAGCACCUCAACUACUUCAAGUUUAUCGGCCGCGUCCUCGGCCUCGCCAUCUUCCACCGCCGCUUCCUCGACGCCUACUUCAUCGUGUCGUUCUACAAGAUGAUCCUCAAGAAGAAGAUCACGCUGAGCGACCUCGAGAGCGUCGACGCCGACUACCACCGCUCGCUCCAGUGGAUGCUCGACAACAGCAUCGAGGGCGUCGUCGAGGAGACGUUCACCGCCGUCGAGGACAAGUUUGGCGAGAUGGUCACCGUCGAGCUCAGGCCCGGCGGCGAGGAGAUUGAGGUGACCGACGAAAACAAGAAGGAGUACGUCGAGCUCAUGACCGAGUGGCGCAUCAGCCGCCGCGUCGAGGAGCAGUUCAAGGCCUUCAUCAGCGGCUUCACCGAACUCAUCCCGCAGGACCUCAUCAACGUCUUUGACGAGCGCGAGCUCGAGCUCCUCAUCGGAGGCAUGUCCGAGAUCGACGUCGACGACUGGAAGCGCUUCACCGACUACCGCGGCUUCACCGAGCAGGACCAGGUGGUCCAGUGGUUCUGGCAGUGCGUCAAGGCGUGGCCCGCCGAGCGCAAGUCGCGCCUGCUCCAGUUUGCCACGGGCACCUCGCGCAUCCCCGUCAACGGCUUCAAGGACCUGCAGGGCUCCGACGGCCCGCGCCGCUUCACCAUCGAAAAGUCGGGCGAGGUCAACCAGCUGCCCAAGUCGCACACGUGCUUCAACCGCAUCGACCUUCCGCCCUACCCGUCGUUUGAGACGCUCGAGAGCAAGCUGGCGCUCGCCAUCGAGGAGGGCAUGGGCUUCGGCAACGAGUAG